UGACACAACACUGUAUUACCAAACCCACAGGCUUUCUCUCUACAAAACACACGCGCUAUCCUACAUCUCAAACCUUGUCGAUGGCUGAUGAGAACCAGAAGAGCACCAGUCCUGCUCAAGAAGAAGCUGGGGAGUCAACAAAUUUACAGUUGCCAAGAACUUAUGGCCAAUUAUUGGGAUCCAACGCGCCUGGGAAAAGUGAAUGGCCUGAAUUAGUGGGCGUGACAGCGUUAGAAGCGGAGAACAAGAUUAAGGAGGAGAUGAUCGGAGCUGAAGUUAGAGUGGUUCAGCCAAAUUGUUUUGUAACCUGUGAUUGGAAGUCAAAUAGAGUUCGCUUGUAUAUUGAUACAUCAGGAAAGGUAGCACGUCCUCCUAGAAUUGGGUGAGGCCAUACCCAUCUAUGUGUUUGACUCUGACAAGUGAUUACUUGCAAUCAACAUAUCUAAUAAAAUUAUCAUUUUCUAUCUAUAAAA